AUGCCAGCAGGUCUGGAUAUCGAGCGCACAUAUAACCUAAAUGGCACGAUGUCACCGUAUGCCCAGCAUCUCAUCAUCUCCACCGGUCGGUCGGACUGGACCAGCAGGAUCGAAGAUGAAAGAGACACUGCUGUGUGGGGACGGUUCACUGCAGAAAUAAAGGCAGUACUGGGGCGUGGAGGAGAAUUUCAUGACCCAUUCAACAACAUCAUCAUCAGCACAUCGUCAUUUAAGCCGUGGCAAUUGGCUAAGCGCGACGUCCUCAUGCAGAGACAGACCGGUAAAGAUCAGGUUGUCAGCGUGCAAGCACAAAGCGAAGUGGACGCGCUUCUGUUCCCCGCCUUCCUACAUGUGCGAGGGCUCAACCUCGAUGCAGACCCUGACCUCUUGAGGAAAUUUGUCCGGUCUUCUCUGCUGCCUGAACCCGAUCGGUUGCAUCCAAUCUACAGUGACCUGUCGGACUCGGAGCGACGAGCUAAGACUCGCGACGUGGGCGCCGGGCGAUUUCUCGUGCGGCCGUCGGUCGAAGCGCCCACGAUCCUCAUCUGCAGCCAUGGACAGCGUGAUAGCAGAUGCGGGAUUCUUGGGCCAUUACUCCACGCCGAGUUUGCACGGUACAUGGACCAGCGGCAGGUCGACGAGCGAGGCGUGCGACUUGUCCCGCGCACCGGCGAGUUUAUACGGCGAGAUGAUGCUCCCCGAGGAUCUUCCAUCGAAGCGUCUACGGGUGCGGGUUCGGGUACGAGUGCGGACGAAGACGAUGGUGUGUCCUCGCAAUUGUCACGGUCUCCGUCCUCAUCUUCGCCCGACCCGACCAAACAUAUCGAUAAAAGAAUCAACGUCAACGUCGGCAUGCUCUCCCACGUCGGCGGCCACAAAUGGGCCGGCAAUGUGAUUCUAUACAUUCCGCCGACCUUCGCCUCCCAUCGACCUUCUUCUGCUUCCUCGUCGUCCUCAUCGCGCGCCCGAUCCUCGCUUUCGAAUCUCUACCCGCGCCCACACCCCUUGGCCGGCAUGGGGAUCUGGUACGGCCGCGUCGAACCACGCCAUGUCGAGGGGAUUGUCGAACAGACUCUGAUGCAGGGAAAAGUCAUCCGGGAGUUGUUCCGCGGCGGCGUAUCGACGACCGGGGAGAUCUUGAGGCUGUAA